GGAAGAGGCUGAGGCAUAGGCAUAGCUCAGUGUAGAAGCACACCAUAUCCAUGUUGCUCGGCCCUUCAAAAGCUCCACCAUCCAUGGCACAUCGAUUGGACCUUAAGAAAAUCAUCUCGCGGGCCACUAUGUUCCCCACAUACUAGCUCAUCUCCUAUUUAAGCCACUCUCCUUCCCUCGGCUGUCCUAUCCCCUCUUUGACUGUUACUUUCAGCCGUACGCGUGGUCUACCUUACUAUAGAAUACACCCAAUGUUCACGUCCUUUCUUUACCCGACAUUAUUUCGUCAUUCCUGUCGGCUCCGUCGCAUCGAAAGCUGACCCACCUCUACCCGGUCAAUGAUAUUUUUUGAAUCUGAAACUUCCACCUCCUUUCCCAGAAUGACUGGCUUUAGUUUACUCGUUUUCUUUUUGGGCAAUUUGAUGGUCUUCUUCAUCGUUCCGGGAUAUAUUUCUCCUAUUUAAAUGAAGCUGAGCAAGCGUGUAUAGGUUGUAAACGUCGAAAAAAGAACUUAAAAAAAAAAAAAGGACGCAGAUUUAUUUGAAUGAGAACUCUGAAUUAAAGGAGAAGCCCUCGUCGGAUGAAAUGGAUGAAAAACGGAGGGCAUGGCCGAGAGGUAUGAGUAAGCCGCUCAGGCGGCGGAGAGGCAGGCUUCCCGGUUCCAAGCAUGCUGCUAGCAGCAGUCAGGUGCCUUCGAGGAAGGGCCCUAAAGGAGAAGAAUUUCGACACAAAGACUUACAGCACUACCACUUUCUAAACUGGAGGGUCUUGGAGGAGCAAUUAUGUAGUUUGCUGGGUAUUGAUGGACCACCAGUUAUCGGCUCAAUUUAUCCAGAACAUGAAAUGCUAUCGACUCGUAAUGAUGUUGAAGCAGAUUUGAGCAACCAAGAAAUUCAAGUGGCGAAUGGUGAUGAUAAUGUAUUUGAGCAAGAUCAAGCAAACAGAGGCAACAACAAUCACGAUGGCUUGAGUUUAAUGGAUGUUGUUGAAGCAAAUGCUGAUAGUGAAAAUUAUUUGGAACAUGAAAUUCUAUGGACUCGUAAUGAUGCUGUAGCAAAUUUGGGCGGCCAAGAAAUUGAAGUGACGACUAGUGAUGAUUUUGAAUUUGAGCAAGCCCAAGCAAACAGUGAAAGCAACAAUCAUGAUGGAUCGAGUUUAAUGGAUGUUGUUGAAGCAAAUGCUGAUAGUGAAAAUUAUUUGGAACAUGGAAUUUUAUGGAAUCGUAAUGAUGUUGAAGCAAAUUUGGGCGGCCAAGAAAAUGAAGUAACGACUAGUGAUGAUUUUGAAUUAGAGCAAGACCAAGCAAACAGAGAUAGCUACAAUCACGAUGGAUUGAGUUUAAUGGAUGUUGUUGAAGCAAAUGCUGAUAGUGAAAAUUAUUCGGAACAUGAAAUUUUAUGGAAUAGUAAUGAUGUUGAAGCAAAUUUGGGCGGCCAAGAAAAUGAAGUGACGACUGGUGAUCAUUUUGAAUUUGAGCGAAACAGAGAUAGCAACAAUCACGAUGGAUCGAGUUUAAUGGAUGUUUUAGCUUGGGUUUUCCCCAUCACCAACUUUACCCUGGAACUCCCUUCAGCGGUUCUCGAUCAGCUUUCCUCCAUAAAUAAGCCUCAUUACGCCCUCAUUUUGAUGUUAAUUUCGUUCAUAGCAUUGAUGGCUUGCAUUGGUGAACUUAUUUGCAAAGGUAAAAAGGGAAGAGUUACUUGGCAGUGGAGAGACAGAGUGCCCCGGUUUUCUGGCAAGCCUUUUGAUAACCCCUGGGAGAUUAUCGGAUUUGCUUGUGUUUGCCUUCAGUGUGUUGUUACAGCCAUCAAUUAUUCUUUUGUUUCUCGACAUGUUGACGGCCCUAUCAAAACAUCCGCUUUGCCAAUCCUCUUUGCUUUUGGUUUAUUGUGCUCUAAAUAUUUCGAGAAACCAGACAGGGACAGAGGAAACCCCGAUGGAGACAGUGCCAUUAACCUUGUUGGAGUUCGUGUGGAGCCGUAGCUUACCACAAUCACAAUCAGGAUUUUGUCCCUAAAUUUUCCUAUAUUGUCUUGAAAAUUGUUCUCACAUACUUUCAGCAUAAACCCAUUGUGCUUCCUUAUACUUUCGAUGAUUAUAUCGAAAGUUUUACUGUCACUCCGUCCUCGUAGAGAGAAUGCAAGAUUGAAUUCUACAUGAAGAAUAAGAUAGGAUAGAAAGAAAGGGAAAUUAUUUUCUGAUACAACAAUGGAGGAAUCAUUACUGAUUUCCUCCAAAUUUUACACUAUGCGUGCUUCUUCAUCAAGUUGCAGUUAGCAUCUUUA